GCGAGUGAGCAGAGAGCAGACAGAUUACAGCUGGAUCUACCUCAUACGCACACAGAGUCAUGAACACAGACAUGCACACGCUCUCACAUCCCUUUUUCUCUCUGUCAUACCUCCAUGCAGCAUAGCAGCGUCACGAGUAGAAGCACAGAGGACACUGUUCAUCUAUUAACCAAGGGUGUGAGGAGAGAAGUUCAGACAAGACAAGAAGAGAGGAACAAGGGACAAGAGAAAGAACUGAAGAGGAAAACAGAAAAGGGGGAAGGAAGAGAAGAAGAAAGAAACUUUCUACUAAAGGAUAUUUUCUUGUUUUGAGCUCUACCAUGAGGCUGUGAAUUACUUUCCUCUCUUCUUCAGUAGCUGACAUCAUGCGUCUGAAGGGCAGACAAACUGGUGAAAGUGGAGGCACCCACCUCUGGAUGUUGCUGUGCUUCUUGCUAUGUUCUCUGGUCCUGGCUAGGGGCUCCACUCCAAACCCAGAGGACUUGCAGAGCACAGGUGCCACAUCGCUGCCAGAGGGAUGGCUCAGCACCACAGUCCAGCUGCAGCCAGAUCUAGAGACUGAAGCCCUAACACCAACACGGGCACCAACAGAGAUAUCGACAGAGACACCAACAGAAGCACAGACUGCUGCACAAACAGAAGCAAAAACAGAGGUUCUGACUGAGAUGCAGACUCAGAUCAUCACCAACAAUUACACAGGUUUGUCCUGUGUACCUGUCCUUCCACCUCGCCGAGGUUCCUUCUAUGUGGAGAGUGGCACAGGUGUAUCAGUCGGCAGUGUGCUGGCCUUCUGGUGCAGAGAAGGAUACCAGCUGGUCGGCAGUGACAAAAUCUACUGCGAUGUCAGAAGUGGGAAAGCAAAAUGGAGCAACUACCUGCCUGUCUGUGAAGCAAUCCCCAGACCAGAAGACCGUGGACUGAGAGUGGCUGUACUGGCAUCAGUGGUGAGUGGCAUAGUCAUUUUUGCCAUGUCCCUGGCCUUCCUCAUCUGCUGCCUCCAGGAACGAUCCAGUCGGUACCGUGCUAAGAAAGAUGGACAGAGCAGACGAAGAGAAAAACGAUCAGCUCGUCGAAGCGAGUGCUGGCUGGAGAGGGAAGAAGGAGAGUGGGAAGCUUUUCCUCCACCCAAAAUCUUCCACCUGUCCCAAAGGAUGAACCCUCGUCUGGCUCCUGACAGCCCUCUUUAUCUGACAGCAGGCCUCAGUGGAUAUGAGAACAGAGGAUACCAAAGGAGUCAGGAGAGUUUGCUGAAGGCCUCUGUGCCUGGACUCUACCGCUCUGAGUCUCAGCUAUAUCCACAUGUCGUCCUUCAGAGGGUCCCGACCCCGACUGCGCCCUCUGCCCCAACCGCUCCAUCUGCCCCAGUCUAUCUUCAUCUUCCCUCCUCCUCUUCUUCAGCGUCAUCUCCAGCCCACACCAUAACUCAAAGUCAGCCACGGAUCAUGACGCAGUACCCCACUCCAACGUAUCCACCCCACCCUAACACAACUGUGUCUGCCUAUCCUCACCCAACACCAGCACCUAUUUAUCCCAACCCGAACCCACCACCACAGAGGCCGUGGCAGUAGCUUUUAUCUUCAAGUUUCCUCAUUUCUAAGGGCGCUGCUGUUCUCACUGAAGAUGCUAAAAGAACGCACGCAGAGAAAACGUUACUGGCACGUUUUACAGACAUAAUAGUCCUUUUAUUCCUGUUUUCUCCCACAGAGGUCUGCAAAUACCAUGUUCCAAAGCAGACAUAAAGGACAUGCAGCCAGUAUGGAAGCACUCCCUUUUACUGCAUGCUCGAUGAACUUUUUCUCCAAGUUGAAAUCUAUAGAAAAAGAAGGAUUUCUUUUCUAAACUACAGCUGCAUUCACUUCAAGAGGAGGUCUUCAGAUAAAAUUCUUUCUUUUAAACCCCAUAUCUUACAAGAUUCAUGGGUUUAGUCAGCAAAAGGACACAACGGGCGGUGGUGAUUUGGAGUGCAGUUUAAUGAAAGAAAACCAGGCGUGUUUAGGCAGCUCUCUGCAAUGUAAAUUUUUUAUAUAUUGCUUGAAAAAAGAUCCUUCUUUCUGGGGAUCAGUUGAUCUAAACUAGCUUCUGGACUGAAAGGUGCAUAUAUUUUGACCCCUGGAAUUUUUGACCAGAAUUAUGUGGGAUUUCACAAGUUGAGGAAAUGGACUGAGUAUAUGGAUUUAUGAGCAGUACACUUUGAUUAAAAUACCACUACUUUUGCAACUACUGAAAGCAACCAGUUUUGUUUGUAACAAUGUAAUAAUGUAGUAAUCCUUCUCAGCUAUACUUUUGUUUCACACUGAAGCAGUUUUGUAUCUGUUUAUUUUUUAUGCUGCACCUCUUUAUGUCACACCAAAACCUACCAAAACCCUCUUUUGUGGUCAGCAUUUUGACUAGUGAGAUAUUUUGGUACAGUCAUCCAGAGCUGCUGAUUUGUUUAGGAUCAUCUGUACCUUAUGCACCUCCUGUAUGCUAAAAUGAUCAUUCCAAAUAAUCUAUUGAUAUUGAAUCAUGCUGAGCUCUUUGAGCCAUAGAGAGGUUUAAAAAAUAAGUUGCUAGUCAAAGAAAAAAGAUUUUAAAUUUAAAAGAAAAUAGGAAGGUCAGACACUGAGACUUACCGCUUCACUCUUGAUGUACUGAUGUGAUCAAAUUUAUGUAGGAAGGUGGUAAAACUUAAUCAAUUUUAACCUUUUUUUAAACUUUUUCAACUAUGUACAUGCAUUUAAAUCAUCUGUUUAAGGCCCCUUUACUGCCAAGAGUUUUAUUUUAAUAGAGUAACUUGAAUAGAAGCACUAAUGAAUUUGCACUUUACCUUUUUUCUUCUUUUUUUUUAGAUAGCUUGGGCUGGACGGUUUUACUUCUUUUAUUGUGAACUGUUUACUGUGUAACAAUAAGACUGCCAUUAAAAUUAAAUAAAGAGAUUUUCUUUAGCUCAA